AUGCUUUCUGCAUUAAUUUGCCAUUUCAACUUCGUUUGCCAGCAUGACCUUCUCUUUAAAAAACUUAAUAUUUCAGAUGGUCCACGAAGAGAGUCACUAGGAGAUUCGGAAACUUUCGAUGUUUCAGAUAAAUGGAGACCAAUUCGAAUUAAGUUUAGUUAUGAUUUCAUGGAUGGAAAGAAGGAAUAUCCACUGCGAUGUGAUCGCGUUGGUCAAGUUUUAGAUUCAGGAUUCCGUUGUGAAAAAGAAAAUGUAUUGACAGAUGCCCAAAGAAACGCCCUUAAACAAACAAUAGACAAUGUAAUAAAGUUCUUACAAAAUACUAUCAAAGUUAAAUCAUUACGUUUUCCUAUUAA